AUGGCCCUGGCUAACACAGUUAGAGAUCAUCUUGUCAGCAGAUGGAUUCGUACCCAGCAGUACUACUACGAGAAGGAUCCGAAGAGGGUUUACUAUCUUUCUCUCGAGUUCUACAUGGGCCGAACUCUAUCGAACACCAUGAUGAACCUUGGUCUGCAAGCUACUGUCGACGAAGCGCUUUAUCAGCUUGGCUUGGAGAUUGAAGAGUUACAAGAGAUAGAGGAAGAUGCAGGACUUGGAAAUGGAGGUCUUGGACGGUUAGCGGCCUGUUUCCUCGAUUCCAUGGCCACACUGGGCAUACCAGCUUAUGGGUACGGACUUCGAUAUGAGUAUGGAAUUUUCAAGCAAUUGAUCAAGGACGGAUGGCAGGUGGAAGAGCCGGAUGACUGGCUUCGAUUCGGUAAUCCAUGGGAGAAAGCACGUCCAGAGUACAUGCUGCCUGUGAACUUCUAUGGAAAAGUAGUCAAAGAUGAGAAGGGCAAGGCGCAGUGGGUGGAUACUCAAGUAGUGUUUGCAAUGCCAUAUGAUACGCCCGUUCCUGGAUACCGCAACAAUGUCGUCAACACCUUACGUCUUUGGAGUGCAAAGGCAGAAAACCAUUUCCAUCUGAAGUUCUUCAAUGACGGCGACUACGUGCAGGCUGUCAUGGAUCGCAACCUUUCCGAGAACAUCACCCGCGUUCUUUACCCUAACGACAAUGUGUUCAUUGGUAAAGAACUUCGUCUCAAGCAAGAGUACUUUUUGGUUGCCGCCACCCUUCAAGAUAUCAUUCGACGAUUCAAAUCGAGUAAAUAUGGAUGUCGAGACGCCAUUCGUGUGAACUUCGAUGCUUUCCCUGAGAAGGUUGCAAUCCAACUUAACGACACUCAUCCUUCCAUUGGAAUUCCUGAGUUGAUGCGUUUACUCGUAGAUGUUGAAGGUCUUACAUGGGCUAAAGCCUUUGAUAUCUGCGUUAAAACAUUCGCUUACACCAACCACACUCUGCUACCCGAAGCCUUGGAAAGAUGGCCCGUUUCAAUGCUUCAGCAUAUGUUACCUCGUCAUCUCGAAAUCAUUUAUGAAAUCAACCUGAAGUUCAUUGAGGCGAGUUCAAAUAUGCAGUUACAGAUGCUCAACGAUACUCUAUCAGAUAAUAUCCGAGGUUUUCAGACAGUGUCCGCUCGUUAUCCUGGCGAUUUUAGCAGAAUGCGUCGUAUGUCCAUUGUCGAAGAGGCUGAUCAGUUCGGAGAGAAGCGGAUCAAUAUGGCUCAUUUGUGCAUUGUAUGUUCCCAUGUUACCAAUGGAGUAGCUGCACUGCAUUCUGAUUUGCUGAAAAACAACACAUCAAGAAUAUCUGGUUCAGGUUCAAGGACUUCUACGAGAUGUUCCCCGACAGAUUCCAGAACAAAACUAAUGGCAUUACUCCUCGUCGUUGGCUUCUACUUUCUAACCCCUCUCUUGCAGAUGUUAUUGCAGAGGUAA